AUGUGGAUUGCGAGGUUAGGUUCGGCUCUACUAUGGUCGUUGCACGCCACAGCUACCAUUCUACAAAAUGGUCAGGCGAGGGAGGAUCCUUACCCCGGACAAGCCCCGAGCAUAGAGCUCGACGACUCCUGGCGCAGCUACAAUGCCGAUGCAGAGGAAAUAUCCUACAAGGGACGAUGGGAUAGCAAUCAUGUGUCUUGGUGGUCUGCACCUGGAAUCAAGGUCGAGUUUUCCGGUAGUCAGCUUGCUGUAAGGUUUGGCCAAAGUACAACAGAUGGUGUCCUGGUCGCAUAUCGCGUUGGCUCGCUCGACUGGCAAUUUUCCAAUGUGACCGCCGACUCCACCUAUCAGUUCGUGGGUCCGGAACUGGGGCUGGAUGAAGAUCUUGUGAAGCAGCACAAAGUCUUUGAGAUGAGAGUUCAGAUCGCCGGAGUUUCCGUCGCAAGCGAUCAAAGUCUCCAGGUUCCUAAGGAAUUUGAAAAGAAGGUGGAAAUUAUCGGUGGAUCCCUCGUUGCCGGCCAAUUUGCUACUUAUGAGACUAUUUCAUCAUGGGGAUACCUUUUUGCCGCCGGUCUCGGCAACGCUGAGCAUACAAUCACAGCCUACCCCGGCGCAUGCUUGGUUGAUCUUCAGUGUUACGGCGGCAACGCCCACGGCAUGACAUGGUACUGGAAUCGGGCCUCCGACCCGGGCAGUCGAGCCCACGCAACCUACGGCAACGAGCCCGAGACAUUUGACAACAAAGCUGAACAGCCGGCCGACCUCGUCGUAAUCCAGAUGGGCGGCAACGAUCACCGCCACCCUAACGAAAUCCCCGGCAACGAGUUCUACCACGCCUACGUCGCAUUGAUCGAUGAUAUCCACAGUACAUGGCCGCACGCCGUCGUUCUCAUUGUCUCUCAAUGGGGCCAGUGGGUCAAGGAAGGCUUGUCAUAUGUCCCGACCCAAGUAUAUGAAGAAGAGACCAAGAAAGUACAUGAGCAUUUCCGAGACCGUGGCUUCGUUUAUUAUUUCGACACCAAGGGCAUACUGCAACAUAAUGAUAUCAACCCGAUGAACCACCCUACGGAUAUUGGACAUAUCAAGUUGGCCAGCCAUUUGUUGCAAUGGACGCGACUCGUGCUGAGGUGGAAUCUUGAACCUAUGGGUGAGGUUCAGCAUGGCACGCUCUACUGGAAUGACCAGCAGGAGUAUUAG